GAAAGAUAAUUUUCUACAACAUGUUUCUUCUUUAUAGGUCCCCUACCCCUUCAAAAAAUGUUACAAUCCACCUUCCUCAUUCUCCUCCUCCUCCUCUCCCUCAUCACCAUUGUUCCUCCACCGUCUAACCCCACCGGCCACCGCUCUCCGAUGGACAAAACCGACCGCGAAACACACGACUUCAUGAACGUCGAAUCCUUCUCUCAACUCCCCUUCAUCCGCCCCUCAUCCCUCAAAGAAAAAGGCGGCAUCCGCCUUUUCGGCAAAGACUUCGGUGCAUCAGGCGGCGCAGACUCCGCCACCUUGAUCACCGAAGACUUUGACACGAACGACAACGCGGUCACAGACCGCGAAGAGUUCAAGGAAAGUAAUGAAACAAGCCGGAAGUUUGAGUGUCACUACUGCUGCCGGAACUUCCCUACUUCACAAGCAUUAGGUGGACAUCAAAACGCACACAAAAGAGAAAGACAACAUGCUAAACGAGCUCAUCUCCAGUCAACCAUGGUCAACGGCAGCUUUUCAGAAGCACAAAUGUAUGGUCUCAUGAACUACCACCGUUUCACCACCACCCCACCACCCUACUACCACCACACAAACACAAACAACAACCCCAUCAACACAAACUACCAUCAAAGGUUUUUUAACCAUAAUUCCUCUUACAUAUCUCAUCAAACCCCUAUUAAUGGUAGCCCAUUAGGGUUAUGGAGAUACCCUAAUGCCCAAAACACAUCAUAUAACCGUGCUGAUCAUCAUUUGAUCAGCACGCCACCCGUUAUGAUGUCGUCGAAAGAGGGUUUACGCGCGUCAAGGAUCCCGACAAGCUCGAGUUAUAUGUUUGAUUCAAAGCCUAGUGUUCAAGAUCAAGUUAGUCUCGACUUACGUCUGUGACAUUUUCGUUUUUCUUAAGGUUUAUUUAGAAGUGUUUUAUAGAACUAUCAUUUCAUUUUUUAUUAUGCUCAAGUACGUAUGUUAAUUAUUAGUCUUGAAAUCUAACAAAGAUAUUACUUUUAUUUA